AUGGAAGCAGAUCGCCAGGCUUCGACGGCUGCGGUGACCACUCAUGGAACACUGGACGUGGCUGCUAAACAGCUGACAACCAUCGCGAUAGGUCACGUCAGUAUUCUUGGUGUAGCAGAGAAUCAGGGUCCGGAAAAGUAUUCGUACUUGAAGGACAAUUGUUCGCAUUUUACGCAGGUUUACGGUGGAAAUGGCUACGGUUGGACGACCGUAUGUAUCCCCGGCAAGCAUAUCUGCUUGGGGCAUCGGAGGAAACUGGGGGAAAAAGAGACAAAGGUCCAGCAAUCUCGGAACUCGGAGUGGAGUCCAGAAUGGAACGAUACGAUGAUCAAGCAGUUUGAAGACAAGCCCAACCCAUGGGGAGGUACCAUGGGCGACCUCUUCGCAGCAACGCCCAAGGAUUUGAUUUCCAAAGUGAUUGUAGAAGAGAAGAUCUUUGAAACUUGGUACCAUGGCAAGACCGUUCUCCUCAGUGACGGUAUGAUCUUGCCCUAUGCAACUUCGAGUGAUGCCACAAGGUCAAAGACACUGCUGUUCUUGCCAACUGCCUUUUACAAUAUGACGGACUUAACCGAUAAGGACAUUGACGAUGCAUAA